GGUAGAGGCUCCAGCCCCGCAGUAGCCCUGGGGUGGGUCGGGCAGACACAGGCCUGGCGUGGCUAGGCGCGCUGGUCACAGGCCCACCUGCCAACCGGGAUCCGGGAAGGGCCCCUUAUGUGGUAAGUGACACAAAUGUACAAGGGCCCCUGCAGUCUCUGUCCCAGACCCAAUUGCUGACUGGGCAGGGAAGUGAGUUUGGAGACCAGGCCGGAUGUGGUGGUGGAUGUUGGAGAGUUGGAGGGCCUGCCCCCAGCUUUGCGUGCCUUUUCCGGGCAAGAUCCAUUCGCGGCCCAGAUGAGGCUUCUCUUACCCAGGCCUUAGGAAGUGGGUCCCAGCAGGAUCAACCCUGUAGGUCCAGACGGGCCCUGUCCCUUAGCUUUCUGGCCUCCAGGCCAUCUGAACUCCCAGGUGAGAAAGGACCAGGGGGCCUCUGGGCCCGGAUACUCUUCUGCGCUUGCCGAACCCACCUCAGAACCCUCCUGUCCAGUUUCUGGGCAGGAGGUGAGGGCUGGACACUGACCCUGGAGGCAGGAGUGGGACUAUCGUCACAGGAAGCCUCGCCUUCGGGGCUUAGGGUGUUGGGUUCCCCGGGCUCAUGCAGAGAAGUCUGGGGGAGCUCCCCCACCCAGCAAGUCUCCGCCUGGCUCUGACUGAGGUGGGGAUGGGAGUCUCUGUGGUGCUCCCUUGCCAUCCCUGGACUCAGGCCAGGGGUUGCUAAGGUUCCCAGCCUGCUCCCCUCCAUCCUGACCUGCACCCUGGCUCCUCCAGCUUUGGCCUGUGGGGACUAGCUCUGUCAAAGCCACCCCAUCUAACACAGGAGGAAACUGGUCCAGCGGAGAAGUUUCCCAGCUCCCUGGCCUGAGUGUUGCCAUGACACUCCAACCCCUUCUCCAAGAGAUGCAGUCCCUGGGAGCAUUGCUAGCCGGCAGAGCCAUGCUUCACAACUCCAGCCACAGGGAAGGCAUGGUCCAUGUGGACAAGACGCAGAGGGUGCCGGACAGGGACAGGGAAGGGGUAUGGGUAGGGGGAGCUCUGGCCCCCAAUACCUCCUCCCCAUUCCCCCCUGAGCCUCCAGGGGCCUCAGGCAGCAUUAUCCCCGUCUACUGUGCCCUCCUGGCCACCGUGGUCCUUGGUCUGCUCGCCUACGUGGCCUUCAAGUGCUGGCGCUCACGUAAACAAAGACAGCAGCUGGCCAAAGCUCGGACCGCAGAGCUGGGGGCCCUCGACAGGGAUCAGAGGCAUGGGGACAGCAUUGCCUUCCGGGACAAUCCCAGCGGCCAGGAGCCCUGUGCCCCCAGCCAGGGGCCACAUCCUGAACCUGGCUGCCGGCUCUACCUUCAUCUCCCUCGGCAGCAGCAAGAGGAGGUGGAGCGGCUCCUGGAAGCGUCAGGCCAACCUGACGAGGGCUGGCAGGGCCUGGCAGGCCGCCUGGGCUACCAGGCUGACGCUGUGGAGAUCAUGGCCCGGGGCCAGGGGCCAGCCUCCGCCCUGCUGCGGGACUGGGCUGUCAAAGAAGGCAGUGGUGCCACCCUCAGGGUGCUGGAGGACGCCCUGGCUUCCCUGGACCGUGACGAUGUGGUCCGGGUUCUGGGCCCCCCAGCUGAGGGCUGCUCUGUGGUGUGAGUGAGGCCACCACAGCCCGGCCUCUCGGGGAACCUGCUUUGGUGCCUUCCCCUGUCCCGCACGCAAAUACGCUUUCCCUUUCGUGAGCUUUCCGGCAUCGGUGGCCUCCGCCUGCUCUGUUCGGAGGGAACACAGAAGAUCCAGCCGCCGCUCACCUACCCUCGCCCUACCUUCCUCCAGGACAGGGACCAGGACGUGGGGGGGACUGAGCAGCAAGGAGUGGCCCUGCCCUCCUCCUCCCCGCUCCACCUCCCCUUAUUUAGCCUCAACUGGUUUUUCUACUUUUGUAUCUCCUAUUAAAGGCCACUUGGGACUACUG